UUGUGUAGCGCCCAGUUCCGAUGGCGCUGGAAGCGGAGGCCCUGGGGAAGGGGGCGCCUGCUGCUGCUGCUGCUGCUGCUGAGGCCGACUGAGGGAGGGAAGCCUUCUCGCGCCUUCCUCUGGAGGAGAGCCCAGGAGGAGAGGGACUCAGCCCCGGAGGAGGAGAGGCAUGAACUGGAAAUAAUGUCCACUGCCUCUGAAAAAAUGGCUGCCAUCUUCUGUGAGAAUUGUUCCUUUCUCCAUCUUCAGCAUGGACGCAUCUUCUUUGUCUCUGAAGCUAAUGGAGCUCUUGUGCUUAUCAUGCUGGGAAAAGUUUUACUCAAUCUGUAUGUUUUGCGAGUCAGAAAACAGACUCUCCGUGAGAGUUUUAUGAGCUGCUUUUGCAUUUCACUAGCAUUCUUUGACUUGGUGCUUCUGGUGACCAUGGCUUUCAUCUCUUAUUUUCAGAACUUCAUGCUUUUGGGUAUUCACGUUACAGAGUAUCAUAUCUGCCUUUUGGCUCAGAUCACAGCCUUAACCUAUGGGAUCUUACAUUAUCCAGUUUGUUUCCUUGCUGGCUUGGAUUAUUACAUUACAAUAACCCAAACAUCGGAGUAUCCUAAUAGGUGUUGGAGAUUGUUAUAUGCCAUCGUUCUUCUCUUCAUAUGGAUUUUGGCUCUCUGUUAUGUUCUGAAUUUUCCAGGCAGCUUCGUAGGGCUUGAUGCAAACAAUUACAUUUCUGUGUAUCAGUGCCCUUUCUACAUCAGCAGCCAGAGUUACUGGCUCUCACUAGGAAUGCUGUUCAUCAUCUGUCUGGUUCUUGUACUCCGUUGGUCAGACAUUGUGGAUAUGGUACAAUCAAUUAAGUUAACUUAUUUUGAGAGAGAGACUGUUUUGUUCUUCCCUUAUGUGCUUGAGUGUAGCCCUAAAGACCAUGCAAAGCAUCUUUUGACAAGACUUCUAAUCUGUUUUAUGGGCACUUGGGCACCAUUUUUUUUCCUUCAAACCCUGGUUGUGUUACUUGGUGCUCAGAUUCCUGCAUAUAUAGAAAUGAAUGUUCCCUGGCUUUAUUUUGUCAAUAGUUUUCUUAUUGCAAUCACAUGUUGGGUAAGGCGACAGCACAUUGAGCUGAAAGAGGAGCCAUGGGAUGUGGAUCCAUUUGUAAGUUGGAAAUUCUGUUUUGUUCCUUUCAGCUGCCAAGAUGUAAAUGAAGCUCAAAAGCCGGUUACUGAAAUUGUAGUCUAUUAGCAAGCAGUUGUGAUUAACUGCCACAAUAUUUUGGGUAGUUUAUGUUGUUUUGUUUUGUUUGUGGAUAUACAUGAGGGAAAUAACACAUUAAUAUAGCUUGAUGGGAAAAAUGUUUCACCAGUGUGUAAUUUAGGUACAUUUCAGGCAAUAUAAUUGCAUACUAUGCUAUUUUCCAAGUUGUAUUUCCAGUAUGGGUACUUAUUUCAAAAUAAAGUAAUGAAGUAUUACUUAGGUAUUAGUAAUAACUGAUUUUCCUGGCCGACAACUAAGAGUUAUUCCAACAAGGAUUGGUCAAGCAUACCACAGUCUGUGAACGCUGUUAGAAUCAAAGGGAAAAAUAACCAAAUGUAUGUAUAUUAGUUCCCAGUGGACUAUGCUACAGAUAAAUAACAGAAACAGUUCUCCCAGAAGGCUGAAACAAACUAAGGGGUAAGGUAAGAAAUGAAAUUAGAAAAAAAUAUGACCAUGAACUACAACAACAGCAGCCUGCAUUUUAGAAGAUCAAUAGCUGCAAUGAAAGUCAGCAUGGUGUAGUAGAUGGGGUGCUGGGCUGUGACUCUGGAGACCAGGCUUUGAAUCCCACUGGGCCAUGGAAAUCCACUUGGUGACCUUGGGCAAGUCAUACUCUCUCAGCCUCAGUAGAAAGCAAAGGGAACCCCUCUCUGAAUAAAUUUUGCUAAGAAAAACACAUAAUAGAUCCACCUUGGGGUGUCCAUGUUAGAAACUUGAAGGCACGCAACAACAAAACUGCAAUAUUUAAAGCAAGUUUUAAACCUGCAAAAUUAAAUCUAAAUGCGGCUAAAUAAGUACUACAGCAAACUGAGGGUUAAGCUUAAGAAUACAGGAAGAAAUAAAGGCACACAUUUUCCAAAGGCAUUCUUAGCUUUAAAUCUGUGUCUGGAAAGAAAAACUAGAAAAAUCCACCAGGGCAACUUGAAGAUAAGGAAAGUUCCUAGAGAACGCUUUCUGUGCAAAUAUUGCACUCUCAUGUCUUCAGGUGUUCCUAUGAGAUUGUAGGUCUGUCCCAGACAUGUGGGCUAAAAAUGUAAGAGCCAUGCUGGAUCGGAUCAAAUACUUAUUUAGUCCAGUAAAAUUCCAUGACCAUUUAGACAUCUAUGAAAAGUCCAUAACGAGGACAUGAACACAACAGGACUGUCCUAAGGGAUAUAGCCCCUGACACUGGAGGUAAAAUAUGGCAAUCAUUGCUGGAGAUAAUAAUAGCCUUAUCCUCCACAAAGGGGUGUUUUUAUCAUCAGAACUGAGAGUGUGUGUUCCAUUCCUUCCUACUGCAGCUUCUUAUGCACCCUUACACCUGCUCUAGACUAGGGCUGAAAUCCCAUCAACUUUUGAGUGCUACAGAGUUGCAAAGAGUGAACAAAGUCCUGCUGCACUGAUAAUAGUGACAGAGGAUGUAAUGCUGUUGUUGUUAACAGCCUUCAAGUGGACUUUGACUCAUGGUGACCCUGUAAAUGAGACACCUCCAAGUCCCAUCCUCAACUGCUCUGCUCAGAUUCUGUAUUCUCAGAUCUGUGGCCUCCUUGAUUGUGUCUAACCAUCUGCGUUCCUCUCUUUCUACUGCCCUACACUUUUUCCAGCAUUGUUGUCUGCUAGUGAGUUAUGCUUUCCCAUAAUGUAGCCAAAUACGACAGCCUCAUCUUGGCUUCCAAGGAAAUUUCAGUCUUGAUCUGUUCUGAGACCCACUUGUCUUUUUGGCUACCCACCAUAGUACUCUCAGCACUCUUCUCACUGUCCAGUUAUUGCAUCGGUACAUGCUGAUGGAGAAUACAAUGGCUUGGAUGAUCAUACCUUUAGUGUAUAUUAAACCUUUGCACUUCAGAAUCUUGUCCAGUUCUUUCAUAGCUGUUCUUCCCAGCUCUAGUCUUCUUCUGAUUUCUUG